AAAAACAACGAUUUUUGUCCGAGCUGUGUUCAAACAUGGCGAGAUCGAUCUCCGGCCACACACAGACAUCUCGCGCCGCGGGCUGUUUCCUCGUGUUUCUCAGUCCCUUAUGCCACUUAAUGUUCUUUUGAACACACACAUCCCCUUUUUAGUCACGGAAACACAAUUUAUGGCUAUUAUGUCGCAUUAUAGAUUGCAUCUACAGAAGCCAAGAGUUGUUGCCGAGAGAUAUUUCAAGGGGGCCACAACUUUUUGAGAGGAACACAAACAACCUGAAAGAGUUAAGAAUAAAGACACGAAAAACAUGUUUGUUAAUGUUUCAUUCGUCAUUCAAUUAUAGUUAAGAGGGUCAGACUAUAAAAAGAAACACGACAAAACAAAACAUCCAAUCCCGAGUAGGACUGGACCACCCAGAAUCAAAGAGUGAAUGAGUGACUGGAGUUUGUUGAUCACGCCCCGGGUUCAGACGUUUACAGUAGUUCCAGUCAUGUACGCCCAUUACAUGAGCAUCUGAGCAGCAGCCGGUCACUUACACUACACACACACACACACACACACACACUUCUCAUGAGAGCUGUUUCAUUUAUCUUGGCCAGCUAGAGCCUUUUUUAUUAUUAUAAAUUACAAAGGCUGGCAACCCUGGACAUCUGAUGAUGUUUGACAGCUCGCAAUAUCCUUAUAACUGUUUCAACUAUGAUGGAGAAGGAUAUCCCUCUUGUGCCACAGAUGAAGAGAAGAAAGUGUGUCGCCCGGCUUACAGUUACAUUGCACUAAUAGCGAUGGCUAUACAACAGAGUCCAGAGAACAAAGUUACCCUAUCUGGAAUCUACGAGUUCAUCAUGAAGAGAUUUCCUUAUUACAGAUCCAACCAGAGGGCUUGGCAAAACUCAAUUCGGCAUAACCUCUCUCUAAACAGCUGCUUCAUAAAGGUGCCCCGUACGGAGGGUAACGAGAAAGGAAAAGGUAAUUACUGGACGUUCGCCACGGGCUGCGAGUCCAUGCUGGACCUCUUUGAAAAUGGCAACUUUCGUCGGCGGCGUCGCAGACGCAACUUGAAAAUGGGCCUGAAGGAGCCAGCCGAAACCUUUGUUGCCACAGACACUCAUCAGGGCGUCGCAGUAAGAUCCACAGAAUCAGAUUCGUUCUGUCACAGACCGGCCCAAAACAACCCACCCCUCAGCAAACCUGAGCCUGAGAUCAAAUUCAGCAUUGACUACAUUCUGUCCACGCCGGACCCUCUGCCAGGGUUCAGAGCCCCUAACAGUAUAUCUGGAGCUGUGAUCCACCACCUGGAGCCACAACAUCUCAAUCUACACUUCUGGACCAUGUAACCUUAACCAUAAAAGGCAGAACAUAUUCAGAAAAUACCUGAAAAAAAAGACAAAUUAAACUCCCAUAAUGCAAAUUGGCUUGUCAGUAUAUAGGCACAUGCAGUUUAUUGUGUGCUAGUGCUCUCGUCGGUAGUCUGCUGUCACUCAUGCUAGCAAAGCUGUUAAAUAAGACUAACUUAUGAAUAUAUAAUUGUUUAAUAAUUCAUAAUAGGAGUUUGAGUAUACAUAUCCAUACAAUAUGAUCAUUUUGAACAGGUCACUUCAUAUAUCAGCAUGCAUUUCUGAAAUAGACGGUUGAUUUUGACUG